GAAUACGAUUAGAAGUAAAAAAAAACAUGUCCGGAUUCCUGCUGCGAUCACAUGAUCUCGGUCCGCCUAUGGACUGGAAGGAGACCCCUGAAUCCCACAUCUUCAAGUUCGAUCUUCCCAGCCUCACGAAAGAGGAUGUAAAGCUCCAAGUUCAAGACGACAGAGUACUACAUGUCAGCGCUGCAGCUGCUGUCGGUGGAGAUGAUCUAGACAAACAGUGUAAAUGGCACUGUAGAGAGCGUCUCGAUAACAGGAGCUUUUGCCGGGAAUUUAGGUUGCCUGAAAAUGCUAAUGUUGAUGAGAUAAAAGCAUGGAUGAGUGACGGUGUGUUGGUGGUGAGGGUGUCUAAAGAUCUCACCAACAAGAAAAAGCGUGCAACUAAGUAUGCAAUUGAAAUUGGAGAGAAUUCCGUUGCUCCCAAAAGACUCUCCCGUUUUGUCUGCUGCAAAGCUUAAUUGCUCUUUGGGAAAAUCCAUCUUUUCGUUUUUCAUUGUGUGGGGCUUUGUAGGUGUCUAUUGUAAAUCGAUCAGACUAAUUUAUGCUUUAACAUGAUGUAAAAUUGUUUGGCGCAUCUUUAGAGUCACAUUUUAUACACUUAUCAGAAUUGUAUAUUUGAAAGUUCUAUAUAGCUAUGAUGUAUCGUGUCAUUGAAACUAUAAAAAACGUGUGUUUGUAAGUACAAA